CCGGCGAGGACUCGCGCAGGUAUUCGAGGGAAAUGGAGGAAAAUCGGGAGGAGGAACGAAAAAGCAACGCUAGCACUGUCGAAGAAAUGGAUCUGCUAAGUCUCACCUUCAGAUCCCUCGAUUUGAGGAGUAACAAACCUCAGCCGGAAGAUUUUCUCGACUUGAAGAAGCAAAAUGUCGCGGACAGAGACGAAGCUUGGAAGAAAUUGAGAAGAAGAUCGAAACACAGCAAAGAAGAGCCUAGAUUGUCACCUAGAGACGAUUCUAAGCAGCUGAAGACGAUCGGUAUGGACGAAGUAGCGUGGCACGACACUGCUGAGAAUUGCUGGGUCGUCAUCCACGAUUUCGUCUACGAUUGCACGGAUUUCUUGACCAGUCAUCCUGGAGGAUCGGAUGUGAUCCUCGAAUACGCUGGCAGAGAUGCCACUUUGGCGUUCAUCGGCACUGGACACUCGUCUAUGGCCAGGCAGAGCUUGGAGAGGUACCUGAUCGGAGAACUUCCAACGGAAGAGAGGAUCUUCCGUGUUCCCAAUGGCGUGAAGCUUACUGGAUUUUGAUAGACUACUUGUUCAGUGGACGGAGAUUAAUGUUGUUUGUUUUACAAGUAAUUUGAAGAACUGUGUGAGUUUUGUGCUGACUUUGUUACCUGGAGGAUUAGAUAACGGCGAUCGAAGUCCAAGAUGAACUUGAAUUUGUUUCUGUGCUUUAGAUUUAACCCUUUCGUUACUAACGGUGGUUAUAGUCACUCAUCGUCGAGCGCUCGCUAUAUCCUACCGGUGACUAUAGUCAUCCAUGAAAAUUUGAUAUCUCCAGAGUGACCGGUUUUCUUUUAUCGAAUUGUUUCGUUGUAUUGUCUUAAGAACUGUGAAAAUAGAGAAGAAAAUAAUGUUACUCUGUGACGCCUGAAGCGUACACUGCUGUAGCGAAAGGGUUGAUCUUGCGGAUUCGAUCCGCGUCACUGC